AUGGUCAAACCUUACAUAUUGAUCCACUGCCCUGGCUUUCAAGAAAUGGUUCUGCCAUGAUGAGUGAGCUGUUGGGAUAUGGAGCUGCUGAAGCGAUUGCCAUUGCACCGUACUUUCCUGGCUGUCAUCCUGAACCUGCUGGCUCUCACCCUCUCUACCACUGCCUUGCUUGGCAGCUACUGGUGCACCGGGACCCAGAAAGUGCCCAAACCUUUGUGUGGGAAGAGCAAAGCCACCCAGUGCAUCGGUGUCCCCAUGCCAUCUGAUGCAGAUACGAGCAAUGUUUCAUCUGAGGAUGUGGUGCACUACAGCUGGGAGACUGGAGAUGACCGUUUUGCCUUCAGAUACUUCCACACAGGGAUGUGGCUUUCCUGUGAAGAGAGCAUGGAAGGGCCAGAAGAGAAAUGCCGCAGCUUUAUUGAGCUUUCACCACCAGCAGAGAGAGGAAUCCUGUGGCUGUCGCUGGGAUCAGAGAUGCUGUACAUCAGCUUGCUGCUCAUCAGCUUCAUCCUCCUGACAGUGGAAAUGCUGCAUACUGGCAAUCCUGUCUGUGGGAUGAAGCUCAAUGCCUUUGCUGCUGUCUCCUCGGUGCUGUCAGGUCUCCUUGGGAUGGUGGCCCACAUGAUGUACAGUCAAGUCUUCCAGGCAACUGUUAAUCUGGGACCAGAGGACUGGAGACCGCACUCCUGGGACUAUGGCUGGGCGUUCUACAUGGCCUGGGCCUCCUUUACCUGCUGCAUGGCCUCUGCUGUCACCACUCUCAACACCUACACCAAGACGAUACUGGAGUUCAAAAGAAACCACAUCAAGGGCUACGAUGGGAGCUUCAAGGAUCAGCCUCAGCACCACCAGUGCUUCCUACAGCAAAUAAGCAGCUACUAUGAGCCCAGAGGCAAGGCCUUCCUUUCAGUCUCUGAGGGAGUCGACUUCUACACUGAUCUGCAGCAGAAAAUGCUACAGCGGGAACCAGAGCUGGAGCUGGAUGAAGUCUUGGCCCAGACAAUCGGGGAGGAUCGUUGUUAGGGAUGAUGAGUGUACAGGGACAGAGCAGUGGGGUUUGGGAGGCACAAGAGCUCUGCAACAAACACUGGUGUCGCUGUUAGCAAGCUCUUGGGGGACUCUUCCUUCCUCUAAGUUCAGGGAUUGAGAAGAUGGGCACUGGGUUAGGGCAAC